CUCGCGAUAAAACUUUCUACAAAUGUUCUCUGUUUCAUGUACUUUUAUUUGAUAUCUUAGGUAUAAGCGUAAAAAUAGGGGCUCAUACAGUUUGAGAGGUUGUAAAAUGCAUGACUUGCCUCUAUUUUCAUGUAAACAUUCGAAAUUCUUCGACAGCAAAGUAGCAAGUGUUUCAGAUCGAAUGCACACGGACAGCCCACCAGAGACAAUGGCAGGGUACUGAAAUAGAACGUCACUAAAAAAUUCUGUAUGAUUAAUUUAGAUCAUGUCCAUUUUCAACAUAAAACAGUAAUUUAUUUUGUACAAACAUUUGGCAAUAUUUACACGAUUCUGCCUUUUUGUAAACACGCGUUCGUGUAUUCCACUCAAUUGCGUGACUCAUUUUGCUCGCGCAUGCUCAGACAAAUUUCCCACCUGUUGUGCCGCGCCGGUAUGGACCCUGCAAGCAGCGUAACAAUAUUUCAAAUUUAAAGUUUCCAAGUGGAGGUACAGGGGGGAUAGUUUAGCCCAAAGUGACGUCACUUGUAUGUUACCUGGCACUAAAUAAUUAUGGUUUGUCUCUUCUUACAUGUCAUACAUAUCAUAUGGGAUUAUAGCUCUAUAGAAUCUGAGAAUUUUAAAAUUCCAGAAAUAAUGUUUUAUGUUCACAUAGAAAGAAAGUAAUGCAGGGGAGCUAGUCAUGUGGGGAAAGUGCCCAUUAAGUUAAGCCUUGUAUUUUAACCAUUUAAGGGUAAUUAAUAGGCCUUGAUAUAUGCUCUACUUUAUUAUUUUAUUAUUCUAGCACCAGAUUAUUUUACUCUAUGUCUAACGCCAGACGAUGUUAGUUGCGAAAUGUUGUAAAAUACGGAAAAUAUAGCCAUGUGAAAUUAGCAAAUUUUCAGUAUUUUAGUAUUACGUGCGGUAAAAAUAACCAUUUUUGAGCCGAAAGUAGUUAUUUUUACCGCGCAUAAUACUAAAAUACUCAAAAUUUGCUAAUUUCACAGGUAGUAUUUACCAUAUUUUGCAACAUUUCGCAACCAAACCGUUGCAUUUUACUAAUUUUAGGAUGCUCUUUUGAGCUAUAAUGAUAUAUUUCGACAUCCUAGCUGUCUAGAUAAAAAUUAAUCGAUAGCUGGAAUUGUCUAUUGAAUUUUGAUUUUUUUGUUGACGACGCGCAAGUUGGUUUCACUUUGCUUGGAAGGAUGUUGUCAUGACAUAUUGCAUAUAUUAUGUGAUUUCUUGGAAGAACUGUUCACGGAAAACACUGUCAUGUGACUAUACCAACAGUGCAUGCGCGGUAUUGUUUGAAUCUAUUUCAUCCUCAUUACGCAUGCUAAGGGAAAUCCCUGACACCAUUGAGAUUGAGCAAUUCAUAGUUGCCGCCAUCCUCAAGCAUACGCUUCUUUGUGGAUUCUGUUGAUAAUCAGGUUAUCAGGUACGUCUAAUGUAUAUCUAAUUUUAUUGCUAUAAUCCUAUAUUGAGUAUUGUAUGUCUGGCUAUGCAUGUAUCGCUGCAUGCCUUAAAUUAUGCGAUUGUAACGGAGCCGGAAUUUUGCGCGGGAUAUAGACAGACUGAUGGAUUAGAUUGUUCAUAUAUUACACAGAACAAUGUAUAUUGAGCUUAUCCAAGUCAAGAACUUUGAAAUACGAAGUUUUCAAAUUGAGUCGUGUAGUCACAAGAAAACUGAACCAAAAGGAAUCGUUCUUAGACCUGUACAUUGCCAUUGGCUAUGAAAUCCAUAGUGGAACAGUAAACAAUUUCAAUCGUAUAGUGGAACAACACAUCUGAGAGUUAGUCUGUUUCGGAACAUCGUAUUUCCGCCGAGGUCCCGAGGAGUUGCAAUUUCCCAGUCGCCUAUUUGAUGUUCGGCUUGCUUAUAGUUUUACCGCGCGUUCGCUAUAUUUGCAUUUAUGCACGGUGGUUUGAUUCAUCUAUGUUGCAUGCACACCUUUUCAAGCCAAGUUAAAACAUCGAAUAUUUCAUGAAAUUUUUUGGGCCAGCUAAAUUGUAUUUGUGAAUUGUCGAAGUUAUAACUGCUGGAAUAUUUGGAAUUAGUUCUUAACAUUGUUCGAAUUGACGUUUUGUCUUUAGGGGCCGUCGACAAAUAUAGAUUUCGUCCACCGAUCGCGGACUUGCCUUGAAUCCACGAGUACAAAAUAAUCAGGACAAAAACUUACUUUUUUGGCUAAAAAAUCGUUGGGUUGGUCCGCGAUGGGGGAAGGGGUUGAAGCACCACGGAACAAGUCCGCGAUCUCGGUGGACGAAAUCUAUUUGUCAACGGCCCCUUAUAAUUUCCACUGUGGCCCGGUAUUCAAAUAUAUAUUGGUAAAUUUGUUGCUCGUCUAUAAUUGACACUGCGUUCUUUUCUUAGGGACACGACAAGAAAGUUCAAGAAAGGCAGAAAGAAAGGACUCUUUAUAUUUUAGGACAAAGUCAAAAGUAGGGAAGACAUGAGCAAGUGAGUGUUUUAAUUAAACAGUACCUGAGGGUACCCAGCGGAAGUCGGCACAUUUAUGUCAUGUUAUACUUUGAAUUAAAUGAGCAAAUUUACUGGUAUAUAACGGAAAUCUACAGAAAUUCUAAUUUGGUUUCUCCUACCACAGGGCUGAACUCAGCGGUAACCUGCCCCUGGCGAUAGUAACUUGCGAUAGUAACUUCUAAUUUAAUAUUUAUUUAAUAUUUGCCAAGACUUGUCGCGUGUGGGUAACAUACUUGACAUUGCAAUUCGAGAUUCCCCUUAUUACGUUUUCGUAGCGCUUUGCAUUGUGGUUAUAGUGGUAUCAUUGGUAUUCAGGAUGGCUUAUUUUUUGUUCUGACCCGUGCAAGAACUUUUAAAAAAGCUAGGGUCAGGUUCGCGAUAGCCAACAGCAAAAUAUUCGCGAAAACAUUCAAUAUUUUCAUUCGAGGCCGCUAUCUUUAUCAGUGAUACCACUAUAACCACAAUGCAAAGCGCUACGAAAACUAAUAAGGGGAAUCUCGAAUUGUAAAUCCUUUCUAACAACCCCGUCAGGGCUGUGGUCAGGGCUUAUUCAUUUCGGGGAGUUUAUUGGGCAGAAUGGGAGCUUGUUGGGGAAAGGGUUGAUAGCGAGGUGUUGAUUGAUUUUUCUGACGCGCAACUGCAAGGUAUGAAAUGGUACAGUAAGAUAUUAAGAUUAUUAGUAGUUGAGUAGAUAUUUGUUGACUUAGUUGUUAACCCUAACCCUAACCUGACCUCUUACUCUCAUCUGACUGUAUCCCUACCGAACUUACCCCUAAGGCAUUUGCAGAUGAUACCCAUUACAACAGGAACAGAUUGAGCCAAAUAUAAUCUUGAGCAUACAUCGAAAGUGUACAGAUUUGUAAGUUGGUGAGCUAGAAAAAGCAACUCGACUGAAAGCCAAAGACAGGUCUAACCAUAGACAAUCCAGAAGACAUUUUUGUCUUCUGUAUUGUCUAUGGUCUAACAGAGUUCUUCCGGUGGAUCCCCACGCUUCAACUGACAAGAGUCAAAACCAUUUUCAGCAGGGUAAAAACCACUGGGAUCCCAUUAAAUUUUUUGCACUUCCUCAAAUUUGAUCCCUCGGGAACUGACACGUACCGAGUUGUGAAAUGCAUAAAUAAUACAUGAGUACAUAUAUGGAUCAGUGGGCUGUGAUGCAUGCACCAUUAUUUUUUCAAUCCUGAUUCAGGGACUGGGUACGAGUCAACUAUCUGAUCCGAUGCAACACCAGCGCUCGCAUGUGCUCGUAGAAAUUAUAUAAAUAAUAAGCGAUGAGGCGUCUUGCAUUUAUGUAAUUGUAUUAAUUUUAUGUAAUUUUUAUGCCGAAUAUUACAUGAAUUACAUGCAUGCUUGUUGAGCACUUAUAUUUUUCAUGAACUUCUGGCUUGGGUGAAUUAGGCAACCACACACUGUGUAUAAACGACGUAAGCUAUUUUUCUCAAUUCUUUUUCAUGUUUCGCAGGCAAAGCGAGAUGAUCUUGAAAUCCGGCAGUAAGGUGAGGAACAUAGAGGGGACUGCUGAUUGCGAGGCACUAGGCUUUGAUUCCUGGAAGAAAUAUUAUAAAGGUGCAGGUGGUAAAAAGCGUAAAUGGCCAGCACGGUGUCGCAUCUCUGAUUGUAACAGAGAAGCUACAGAUGGAGCUCACGUGGAGUGUAAACGGAGAAGUGGAGAAUGGAUAAUACCAAUGUGUAGCAAGCACAACAAUCCUAGCAAUGAAAAAUGGAUGAGCGUUAAAAGAAGUUCCACUGUAGUGCGCGCGGUGGACACAUGUUGAUUUCCCCACACUUGUUAUCCCAGUAAUUGACAGCAAAUGAAUGCACUGUGUAUGUACUUGUAUGUAAUCUAUCUUGGUAGUUUAUCUUUAUACUUCAAACUUUUGACGUAUUAAAAUACUUCGUGCUCGUGUUCCCAUGCAAUUUCUCGUUUCCGCCAAACUUCCGCUCAUGUUUCUAUAACUCUAUAGAUUAUUAAAAAAAAAUUAAAAAAGAUAAUCAACUUUAGAUUAGUGUCAAGUAAAGAUUAGAUUAGGAUUAGAUUAGGGUUAGAUUAAGAUUUUAUUAGGGUAAGGUCAACAUGUGUCGCGGAUUUAUCAUAUUGAUAAUGUCGGACUUAACAGUUUACUCAUAUAGUAAAUUCAAAGGUGGAGCUCAUGCUGGUUUGAUCAGGAGUCACAUAGUGUCACAAGGGGGAAGGGGUAUCACAAGUGGUAUCACGUAACGGAGAGCUAGGCGUAUAGGGGAAAAUGUGUCCCUGUUUAUGACAAAACAAGACCGUGCUUGCAAAUAUGUGUCCCUUAGAUGACAAAUCAAUGUUUUCUAUCAAAAUAUAUUGCAUACUCCUCCUGACAUCACCAUAGAAUAGGCACUCCCGUUAUUCAAUGAACCAGCGAGAACCUGAGUGGGAAACUGUUUAGGCCGAGGUUGGAUAAGGCAUUGAAAUAGUGUCGAUUUAUAAAUAACGUUUUGAAUUUGUUGUUGCAUAUUAAAUUUGUGUUUUGUGAG